AUGGGCAGCAAAAGAAAAAGAACGCCCAAAGAGGCGCAAAACGACACCGCCGCUGCUCAGCAACCAAUCCAGAAGCGCUCCAAGAAGGAUGACACCACGACAACAACAACAGAACCACCAGCUCCCGUAAGCAACGGCUCGACAUCAACAAAAUCAAAAACCCCCAAGGCCACCCUCUUCGUCGAACACCCCACGGGCGAAGACCGCAAACGCGAAGCGGAGCUCUACGACCAACUCGGCCGCGAAGACGAAUCCGAUCGCAUCAAAGCCGCCAGUUCCAUCAUCUCCAGCCUCCUCUCUGGGGAUGGCGUCGACGAGCCCGUUCUCCGUCGGCACCUCGAGAAGCGUCUCUUUCGCGGGUUGGCGAGCGGGAGGAAUGCUUCCCGUUUGGGAUUCAGUCUGGUGUUGACAGAGAUUUUGGGGCAGUUAUACGGGAAGAAAAAUCUAGCGGAGAAGAAAUACACUGGGCUGAGCUUUGAGGAGGUGAAGAAGAUUCUCGUCAAGAGCACCACACCCUUUGGGAACCUGGCUGGGCAAGAAGAGAGGAACCACUGGUUUGGACAGCUGUUUGGCGUGGAGUGUUUUGUUCGGAGUGGGGUUUUGUUUCAGGACCAAAAGAAGUGGGGGGAGAUUUUGGGGUUGUUGCUUGGGUUGUCGAUGAAGAAGAGUUGGUUGAAGACGCAGUGCGGGUAUGUGAUUGUGCAAGCGGUGGCGCAGAUGGGGAAGAAGAUGGCGGAGGAGACGCUUGCGAGGUUGGCCGAGGAAGGGUUUGCGAAGACGCCUGAGGGGGUGGGGAUUUGGGUUACGGCGUUGGAUAGGUUUCCUGAUAUGAAGGUUCCAGCGCAGCCGUGGAGGAAUCCGCUGGCGGGGAGCUCGUUGGCUUCGCUGCCGGCUGCGUUGAAGGAUAGUGGACGGGAGCAGACUAGUGAUGAAGGAGCGAAGAAGCCAAAGGCGGGAAAUUGGACGGCGCAGUUGCACUUUGUGUGGGAUUUGAUACUGGCGCAUUUUGCAAAGGCCGGGCAGAAGUCGGAGAAUGAGGCUUCGGAGCAGUUUGAGCAGUUCUGGAGUCGGGUUGUUGACGAGGGCUUCUUCUCCAAGAACUCUUCAGACAGCCAGAAGUUUUCAGGCUUCAUGAUCUUCCAGAAGAUGCUCGAAGGCGCGCCGAAUUGCGAGUUCAUUGUCAAGACAUUGUUCAGCAAGAACUUGAUGGCAUGCUUGAUGAACCAGGCUGCCAAAGAGGAUCGGUACUUGCAUCGGGCGGCUAUCAAAGCGCUCAAGGCCCUUGAGGUCGCUGCUCAUCACAACCCGAACUGGCUGCCAACAAUUCUCAAGGGACUGUUCGGGAAGCAUGGUGCGUACAACUUUGACCAGCGAACAAACACCAAGACGAUCGAUAAGCUGCUCCAGAACACCACUUCCGAUACUAUCAAGCCUGUUCUCAAGGUCUUGCAGCUCAAGGACCCAUCCAAGAGUGGUCUAGACCUCGAACAGUAUUACCAGGCCCUUGGCAACUAUCUCCUCAGACUUUCCAGCGCGUUGUCAGAGGAACAGUAUGCGAAGGAAUCGAACAAGAGAGGCGUUGCCCAGAAGGCCAUCAAGGUUCUCGCUGAGCUUGCGUACUCUAAUAAUGCUGUUCCUGAGAAGGUCCGCGAAACACUGCGGACAAGGGCAACAUCUGCGUUUGCCAAGCUCACCAGCAGGUCAGAUGCCUUUGGUGAUCUUUGUGAUGCCAUUUUGUCCAUUGAGACUGAGGUGGAUCCCGAGGACGAGCUUGCCCUCACUGUCCUCCCCCGUGCCUUUGAGAGGCUAAAAGACUUGCUUGAUCACGACAAGACCACAGAGGAAACCAAAGGUCCUCGACAAGCGUUGGCUUUGCUAUUUGCUGUUGGCAUUCUUCAGUUCUACAACCAGGAUCCUGAUGUCAUGGAUUUGUUUGAUGAACUUGAGGAGUGCUAUGAGAAGCUUGUUGGCGAGAGCGACGAGGAAGAGGGCGGUAUCUCAGAGUUCCUUGUCGAAGUCCUGCUUGCCAUGGUUGCUCGACCUUCAGCACUAAUGAAGCAGGUGUCCCGGCAGGUAUUCGAGGCAUUCACCCCUCUCAUGUCAGCAGAAGCCAUCAAGCUGUUGACUGAUCCCUUGGCUGCUGAUGAAAGCGCCAAGGGCCAGCAAGCACUUUUCAGCACCGAAGACGAAGACAUGAUGGAUGCCGAAGCCGGAAGCGACGAUGAGAGCGAAAUCGAAGAUGACGCAGCCCUCGACUCAGACGUCGAGAUGGCCAACCUCGAAGACGCCGGUUCCGAUGAAGGUGACUCCGACAGCGAGGACAACUCGGGCUCCGACGACGAAGACGACGAAGCCGAAAAGGAAAACCAAGAAACCCUCGACGCCCUCGACAAGGAACUCUCCGCAGCCCUCGGCACCCACCGCCUAGACCAGGACGCCGACGCAGCCUCGGACGACGGCUCAGACAUGACCGACUCGGAAAUGCUAGCCGUCGACGAGAAACUCGCCGAGAUCUUCAGACACCGCGCCAAAGCCACCAGCAAGAAGAAGGAGAACAAGGACGCCAAGGAGACCGUCAUCAACUUCAAGCACCGCGUUCUCGACAUGUUGGGUAUCUUUGUCAAGAAAGAAUCCACCCAGGCGAACCCCCUCGUCUUCGAGGCUGUCCUCCCCUUGCUCAACCUCAUCCGCACGACAACCGCCAAGCCGCUCGCCAACAAGGCACACGAGGCGGUUCAGAACCUGUCAAAGGGCAUCAAGAAGGCGAGGUCGGAGGGGAAAACACCUGCUAUUGAAGGGGACGAGCACUACGAGAUGUUGGGGAAGCUGCACGAGGAGGCGGCCAGGGAUCCCUCGCAUGCGUUCACCAAGGCUGUGUCGACGUGCUGCUUGACUGUUGCUUCACUCAUGUGCAAUGAUGAUGCUGAGAGCGAUGACAUGGCCAAGGUUUUCAACCUGUAUGCCGAGACGCAGCUGAAGUGGUUCCGUGGCGAGGUCAAGAUUCAAGCGUCGUUCUUUUCGGACUGGCUCAACUGGUGCCAGGCUCAUGCUAGUGCUGCUGCUAGUGCUGCUGCUGCGAAGAAGAAGGAAGAGAAGUAG